GAGCUCGACUGCAUGUCUUUGAAUCCUAGUACAGCUAUUUAUUAUCUGAAGAACCUUGUAAAGUUCCUUUCACUUUAGAUGCCUCGUCUAUAAGGCUUCCAAAAGGAGAACUUUGAGCUUCAGUGAAAGGCACCAGAAAUUAGUAGAAAAAAACUACAGCAAAAAAUUGCAUGUUGAGGCACUAAAAAAGAUAGAGAAUCAAGUCAGGGACCAAAUGGUGCAGAAUGAAAAUGAUGACCGUGCUGAACGUAAGAGAUUCCUAAGAUUAUUACAGAAUGAACAAUUUGAGUUGGAUAUGGAAGAGGCCAUUCAAAAGGCAGAAGAAAACAAAAGAUUGAGGGAACUCCAGCUUGAACAAGAAGAAAAAUUGGCUGUGGAACUGGCAAAACUAAAACACGAAAGUCUAAAGGAUGAAAAGAUGAGGCAACAAGUAAAGGAAAACAGUGCUGAGCUCAGAGAAUUGGAGAAGAAGUUAAAAGCAGCUUACAUGAAUAAAGAAAGAGCAGCUCAGAUUGCUGAAAAGGAUGCCAUUAAAUAUGAACAAAUGAAACGUGAUGCUGAAAUAGCCAAAACCAUGAUGGAAGAACAUGAGAGAGUAAUAAAGGAAGAGAUUGCGGCAGAAGAGAGACGAAAUAAAGUAAAAGCACAGUACUAUCUUGACUUAGAGAAACAACUUGAAGAACAAGAAAAAAAAAAGCAGGAAGCUUAUGAGCAGUUGCUGAAAGAGAAACUCAUGAUUGAUGAAAUUGUCAGGAAAAUCUAUGAAGAAGAGCAAUUAGAAAGACAACAAAAGUUAGAGAAAAAGAAUGCAAUUCGAAGGUAUAUAGAAGAGUUUCAGAAAAAGCAGGCUCUCUGGAGAGAAAAGAAACGUGAGGAAAUGGAAGAAGAAAACAGAAAAAUCAUAGAGUUUGCCAACUUGCAGCAACAAAGAGAAGAAGAUCGGAUGGCAAAAGUUCAAGAAAAUGAAGAAAAAAGGCUACAGCUUCGGAAUAUGCUGACUCAGAAAUUGGAAGAAAUGCUGCAGCAGCGUGAAGAUUUGGAGCAACUGCGACAAGAAUUAUACCAGGAAGAACAAGCUGAAAUAUAUAAGAGGAAACUAGAAGAAGAAGCAGAAGAGAAAUUGAGAAAGCAAAAGGAGUUGAAGCAAAAUUUCAUAGAACAAAUGGCCUUGAAGGAACUAGUACUACAGGCUGCAAAAGAGGAAGAGGAGAUCUUCAGAAAAGCAAUGUUAGCUAAACUUGCUGAGGAUGAUAGAAUAGAAUUAAUGAAUGCUCAGAAACAAAGAAUGAAGCAACUAGAACACCGGCGGGCUGUGGAAAAACUCAUUGAAGAGCGUCGCAACCAGCUCCUUGCAGACAAACAACGUGAACUGGAAGAAUGGCAGUUGCAACAAAGAAGACAAGGAUGUGUUAAUGCGAUUAUUGAAGAAGAAAGACUAAAACUUCUCAAAGAACAUGCUACAAAAUUACUAGGAUAUCUCCCUAAAGGAGUAUUCAAAACAGAGGAUGAUAUUGAUAUGCUUGGUGAAGAGUUUAGGAAAGCAUAUCAGAAAAGGAGUGAAAUUCAUGAAGAAAAGUGAUAUGAAGAUUUGGUAAAACCUGGCUUCUUUU